AUGGCGUCUUCCGAUGGAUUAGCAAGCGUCGAUCCUUGGUCAUACCGACAAGGAUUCGAGGUAGAUUCAUGGUUACUUCCUGAUACUUUCUCUCACGACAACGAUUUACUCGCCAGAGCUCUCCACACCACCGUCACAUCCUCAUCCCCUCACACUCUCUAUCAACCCUCCGAUUUCUUCGAUUCCGCCGCCGUCUCUCACACCUUAUCCUCUACCCUCUCCGGUAGUACUGGUUCCGAUCCGGAAAUCGUCGCCGGAGGAGGAGGAGCUAAACGGAAACGUAACUGUCUUCUAACCGAUAAAGCCGCCACGAAACGCCGAUCUCGCGCUUCGAAGAAAUCUCAGACUACUUUCAUAACGGCGGAUCCGUCGAAUUUUCGACAGAUGGUUCAGCAAGUCACCGGCGCUAAUUACGUCGAUGAUUCUACCUCCGUGGUUUUUAAUCCGAUCCUCAAGCCGGAGCCGUAUAGACUCGUUAAUCGACUAUCCACGGCGGUUCCGACGCUCGAUACAUCGGCAUUUUUGUCUAACCAUCAACAAGAGAACGCUUUCUCCGGUAACGGCGGCGUAGGAUUACCGACGGGGAAAUCUAGUGGAACGGUGGAAGCUGGUGGUGGCUCCGCCGUGGAUACUUACCCAAAUUUCCCGACGCUUGAAUCGUGGAAAGUUAUGUAA